GGCGGGCAGCUGGAUGCGGGUUUAACCGAGAUACGGGACUCACGCUGCUCAUUUUCGGCGAGCGCACAUGCAUACCGCUGGAUGCUGGAAGCCGAAAAGCCACCUCCUGCACACAUCCAGAAAGAGAGAAGCUGCCCAAACACAGCAUCAUACUAGUAAAUGAGCGCGCGCACGAACUAAUGAGCAACUCAUGCAGAGGAGCGCGCGCGCGUCUGUGGAGAGCCGAGCGCGCGUAGAUGAGAGAUAGAGAGAGGGCGGCUGCGCAUCGCUCCGUACCCUCGGUUACCGAUUCUCCGGUCCCGGGACCCUCUCCUGAUCUCCCGUGCAGAACUCGGGACGCGGAACGGUGUCGGUAUUUCCAGUUCAGCGAUAGAGCUGCUCUUCCUUGGUCACGGUUUAACAUACGCCGAAGACUAUUCCGCGCUGAGGAGUUUCCAAAAAGUCUCCAAAAUCAUGGCGAAAACAGGACGCCAGAGAUUGCGAUUGGGAUUAGUGCUUCUCUUUCUGUGGGUUCUGCUCCAGAUAGUUGACGCGCAAGGUGAGGAUGAGUUUCUGCUGGGUUUGGGUGAACUGCCGGAGACCUUCCCUAGUGAUCCGCCGGAGCCGCUGCCACACUUCCUGCUGGAGCCGGAGGACGCUUACAUCAUCAAGAACAAAGCUGUCAAUCUCUUCUGCACGGCCACACCGGCUGCACAGAUCUACUUCAAGUGCAACGGAGAGUGGGUUCAUCAGAGAGAGCACACCAUAGAGGAGAGAGUGGACGAGACCUCGGGUCUGGUGGUGAGAGAAGCACGGAUCGAGAUUUCCCGACAGCAGGUGGAGGAGUUGUUUGGUUUGGAAGAUUACUGGUGCCAGUGUGUCGCCUGGAGCUCGGCAGGAACAACCAAGAGCCGCAAGGUGCACGUCCGCAUCGCGUUCUUGAGGAAAACGUUUGAGCAGGAACCCUUGGGGAAGGAAGUGUCACUCGAACAGGAAGUGCUGCUGCAGUGCCGCCCACCCGAGGGCAUACCACCUGCUGAGGUGGAAUGGCUGAAGAACGAGGAGAUUAUUGAUCCUGCGGACGAUCGCAAUUUCUACAUCACCAUCGAUCAUAACCUGAUCAUUAAACAGGCUCGACUGUCUGACACUGCAAACUACACCUGCGUUGCUAAGAACAUCGUCGCUAAGAGACGCAGCACCACAGCAACAGUCAUCGUCUAUGUGAACGGUGGUUGGUCAACGUGGACUGAGUGGUCACCGUGUAACAGUCGCUGUGGGCGGGGCCUUCAGAAACGGACUCGGAGCUGCACCAAUCCCGCACCACUGAACGGGGGCUCACCGUGUGAUGGACAGGCCAUCCAGAAAAUCGCCUGCACCUCUGUUUGCACAGGACAGUAA